UGCUGCUGCUGCUGGGGGUUUCUUUGUCCGGGCUUCUGCUUGGGACCGUCUACCAUUCCGGACUUUCUCGUUUGGAAGAGAGCGGGGCUUGGGGAAACACUGGCCUCUUUGUCUCGUCCCGGGACGGACUGAUCAGGGGGGCUCUCCGAAGCUGAGCCUCUCCCCCGCCCCACAAGCAAAGAAAAGUUGCGCAGGGACGGAUCUCGCCCCCCACCCAGAAGGAAUUUUUGGAAUCCAUCUCCCCCCUAUAUGUUGUGGGGUUUCAACUGCUCUCUUCUACCCCCCACCCCCAAGAAGUGACUUUUUCAGCACGGCUGGCUGAGACCCCCUUUGGAGCCUGUGCCACUGCAGGAGUUUGCUGAGCAGGAUUUUCUUGAGUGGGGGGGGGCGUGUUUUAGCCACAGAAACUUCAGCAGGAGGGAGGCGGAUAGUUUUCCAGAUGAAAUAUUUUCCCGUGCGUUGUUUUUUUAAUUUUCUGCAUGAGGAUUUUCUCCGGUUAACUUGACGGGGGGGGAGGAAACCCCCCAUCAGAUGAAGUUCUCUCUCUUUGGGAUUAAUUUUUCGUGAUCCUGGAUAGGCUUUUGGGAUUAAUCUGUAUUUUUUUCCGGACUAGGAAUAUUUUUGUGGUUGUUGGCCAAGAUUUGCUCGCCGACCCCACUCGGAAGAACUCUGGAGUUCCGGGCGCUAUGGGGCUCUGGCUUCUCGGCUUCUGGCUUCCCCUAGCUCUGGCUGUGGAAGAAAGUCUGAUGAACACCAAGCUCGAGACGGCCGAUCUGAAGUGGACAACGUACCCGCUGGUGGGCGGCCAGUGGGAAGAGCUGAGCGGGCUGGACGAGGAGCAGAACAGCGUCCGGACGUUCGAGGUGUGCGGCGUCCGCAACCCCAACCAGAAUAACUGGCUGCGGACCACCUUCGUCCCGCGCUCGGGCGCCACCCACGUCUACGCCGAGCUGCGCUUCACGGUGGUGGAGUGCUUCUCCAUCCCGCACGUCACCCGCUCCUGCAAGGAGACCUUCAACGUCUUCUUCUACGAGGCCGAGGCCGACGUGGCCUCCGACACCUUCCCGCCCUGGAUGGAGAACCCGUACGUCAAGGUGGACACGGUGGCGGCCGAGCACCUCACCCGGAAGCGGGCAGGGAUGGAGGCCUCCGGGAAGGUCAACGUGAAGACCCUCCGGAUCGGGCCCCUCUCCAAGGCCGGCUUCUACCUGGCCUUCCAGGACCAGGGGGCCUGCAUGGCCCUGCUCUCGGUCCGCCUCUUCUUCAAGAAGUGCCCCUCCGUCACCGUCAACUUCACGGCCUUCCAGGAGACGGUGCCCCGAGAGCUGGUCAUGCCGGUGGCCGGGCAGUGCGUGCCCAACGCCGUCCAGCUCAGCUCCCGGCCGCUCAGCAUGUACUGCCGGGAGGACGGCCAGUGGGCCGAGCAGACCAUCACCGACUGCACCUGUGCCCCGGGCUACGAGCCCUCCGAGGAGAACACCAAGUGCAGAGCCUGUGCCUCUGGGAUGUUCAAGGCCUCCCGGGGCGAGGGCUCCUGCCAGCCGUGCCCUUCCUACAGCAAUUCGCAUUCCGCGGGCUCCAGCGAGUGCAGCUGCCGCCUCGGAUUCUACCGGACCGAGAAGGAUCUCUCGACGAAGCCCUGCACCACCACGCCCUCGGCACCCCGCAGCAUCGUCGCCAAGAUCAACGGCUCGGUGGUCGUGCUGGAGUGGAGCGAACCGUUGGAAAACGGCGGUCGAGACGACGUGGCCUACCACAUCCUCUGCUUCGAGUGCCUGGAGAGGCAGUCCUGCCGGCCCUGCGCCCGCCUGGUGUACGCCCCCCGGGCCAGGGGGCUGGUGGACCGCACGGUCACCGCGGAGGGGCUCCAGCCCUACGUCACGUACACCUUUGAGAUCCAGGCCGUCAACGGGGUCUCCUUUAAGAGCCACAAUCCGCCUCAGUCGGAAUCCAUCAAUAUCACCACCAGUAAAGACGUCCCUCAGCCGGUUUCUGAGAUCCAGCAGACUUCCGUCAGCCUCAACGGGGUGACCUUGUCUUGGCCUCCCAUCCAGCCGCCGACGGGGAGCAUCUUGGAUUAUGAAGUCAAGUACUAUGAGAAGGGUAUCGGGGGGCCCAUGUUUCUGAAGACGUCUGAGAACCGGGUGACCCUGACUGGGCUGCGUCGGGGGGCGAUAUACGGCGUCCAAGUCCGUGCCCGCUCCGAGGCCGGCUAUGGUAGUUUCGGGCCCGAGAGGGCCUUCCAGACGCAGGGAGCCGAUUCAGGAAGCAGUACAGAGAAGUUGGCACUCAUUGUGGGCACAGCAGCCUUGGGGGCGCUCCUGGUCUUAGCAGUGGUCAUUGUAGCAAUUGUCUGCCUCCGGCGUCAGGGUUCCUCCCGGUCACGUGAGCCGGAAUAUUCGGACAAACCUGGGCAGUACCUGAUUGGGCACGGCACCAAAGUCUACAUCGACCCUUUCACCUACGAGGACCCUAAUGAGGCUGUGCGCGAAUUUGCCAAAGAAAUCGAUGUCUCCUACGUCAAAAUUGAAGAGGUCAUCGGUGCCGGGGAGUUUGGGGAGGUCUGCCGUGGCCUUCUAAAAGUGCCUGGGAAGAAGGAGAUCUACGUGGCCAUCAAGACGCUGAAAGGGGGCUAUACGGAGAAGCAGCGUCGUGAGUUCCUGAGCGAGGCCAGCAUCAUGGGGCAGUUCGAGCAUCCCAACAUAAUCCGCCUGGACGGCGUCAUCACCAACAGCGUCCCCGUCAUGAUCAUCACGGAGUUCAUGGAGAACGGGGCCCUCGACUCCUUCCUCCGGCUGAAUGACGGCCAGUUCACGCCCAUCCAGCUAGUGGGGAUGCUCCGGGGCAUUGCCUCAGGCAUGCGCUACCUCUCCGACAUGAGCUACGUGCACCGGGAUCUGGCAGCCCGGAACAUCCUGGUGAACAGCAACCUGGUUUGCAAAGUGUCUGACUUUGGACUGUCCCGCUUCCUGGAGGAGAAUUCGUCAGACCCCACCUACACCAGCUCCCUGGGCGGGAAGAUCCCGAUCCGGUGGACAGCCCCCGAAGCCAUUGCCUUCCGCAAGUUCACCUCCGCCAGCGACGUGUGGAGCUACGGCAUUGUGAUGUGGGAGGUGAUGUCGUUUGGGGAGAGGCCCUACUGGGACAUGUCGAACCAGGAUGUGAUCAAUGCCAUUGAGCAGGACUACCGGCUCCCGCCCCCUACGGACUGCCCCACGUCGCUGCACCAGCUGAUGCUGGACUGCUGGCAGAAAGACCGCAACGCCCGGCCCCGCUUUGCCCAGAUCGUCAGCUCUUUGGACAAGCUGAUCCGGAACCCGGCCAGCCUCAAGAUUGUCUCGCGGGGGAAUGGAGGGCCGUCUCACCCGCUCCUGGACCAGCGUCUCCCCCAUUACUCCUCCUUUGGGUCUGUGGGUGACUGGCUCGGUGCCAUCAAAAUGGGCCGCUACGAAGAGAAUUUCGCCGGUGCUGGGUUCACCUCCUUUGAGCUGGUCAGCCAGCUCUCGGCCGAGGACUUGCUGCGAAUCGGGGUGACUUUGGCCGGACACCAAAAGAAGAUUUUGUCAAGCAUCCAAAACAUGCACAUCCAGAGCAAAGCCAGCCCCUCUGUGGGGGCCAAAGGCGGACAUUACUGACCAAAGCAGUGAGAGCUCAGCAGUGACUCAAGGAUUCUUUGUUUACCUCAAGGGGCCAAGGAAACAGGCCUCGAGGCGUGAAGAUGGGGCCUCUUCGUUUGGGACAUGAGCGGCCUCCUGCCCUCUCUGGCUCUUUCCCUUUUUUCCUGUUUUGGAACUGGACAUUCAUCAGGAAAUAGACACGCUCCCCCCUCCCUCCCACAACUAUUCAUAUCCUCUUUCUUUCAAAGGGCUGCCCAAAUUCCUAACUCUUGAGCAGGCACAGCAAAGAUGGCGGGUUUUUGUCCCCCCCCAGUGAGGUUAUAAAAUGGCCGCUUCUCGACUGGGGAUUGGCUCUUGCUGCUCUUCAGGCCUCUUUUCCAUAUAGCGGCCUUCAGCACUGACAAAGAUGGCGGCCGAAUCGCCUGUGUCUUCCAUCUCUGGCCGUGUCUUUUGGAGCUCAUCUUGUGGUUGCCGAUACUUCCAAGGCCUUGGUGCCUUCGCCUGCCUUUCCUUCUGAUCCUCAGAAUAGCGGAAGUUCCAAAGAUGCCCUCCUGUUUGUUGGGUUCCCCGGCUGGAGCGAUGUCACAAAAUGGUGGCCCUUCUGUUGUCUUCAGGAAUGGAGCUCCGUUUGUUGGCGAGACCAAGAUGGCUACCUUGGGGGUGGCCUCCUGAGAGGGCAGAAGUGUGUGUGUGUGCAGAGGUGGGAAGGGGAAUGAAACGCCUUCGCUGUUUCCAGGGGCUGCGCCUGGUUUUCAAGAUGUCUGCCACUGGGCGGACACUCCGUUGUGUGGCAAACGAAUGGAGGUGCUUGGUUUGCUGUGCCACUUGGCCAUGUUGGUGAACUUCUGCCUCAAUACCGCCGAGCCCUCUUUGGAGAAUGUGUGUGGGGUAGUCGCCAAAGGCCUUCUAAAUCUGCCUGCCUUCCUUAUGGGGUGAUGGCAGGGUUUCCAACCACUACCUGCUGGAUUCUGGAAGUGGGCGAUCUACUUGAAAGCAAACGGACUCCCCCUUCACCAUGAUGAUGGGGUUUCCGUGCAUUGAGGGGUGCAGCCCCUCGCUUUCCAAAGCGGCUGAAACUGCCACACCAUGAUACAUAGCAGUCUUGUCUGCUAUGCCCUGCAUGCCCUAUCCAUGCAGGGUUGGAGGAAAAGAGCAGCCGUGAGUGCCGUGAGGAGCAGGAGGGACCAUGGGACUUCUGCCCGAACCUGACUGAACUGUGAAGCUUUGUGGAAAUGCUUGCCACCAAGACAGAAUGAAGUGUUGUGAGGAUAUAAUGCGACAAUCAGAAAAUUCUGCACUGUCUGAUGAUGUCAUUGUGAUGAUGUCAUAGGCGAAAGGAGUUCAGCUUUGGAGUCGGGGUGUGUGGGGUAUCUCAAGUUGCCUUCAGUGGUCUUGGCCACGCAUGGUCAGGAACGACUUGGGGAAUGCCAAGGAAGUCCUGGGCCCUGGGCUGUGAUGUCAUCCAGGUGCGACAGCAAAGCGCAGCCGUCCUCUCUGGUGUUUGCUGGGUUGUCCUCUCAGUGUGAUUCUGCUGUGCUGGGAAAGCGGGAAGCUGCUGUGGGCAAUUGAAAGGAGAGGGCUGGUUGCAUUCUUGAUGACAUCUUAACAACGUGCCUCUGGACCAAGUGUUGGUCCUGACAGAUGAUGUCAUAGGAACAGUCCUGUGAUGUAACCCAGCGCUACUUCCUUUGUAUCGUUUCUUGAACCUUCAUAUUGAAGGUGAUGAUGUUGCUUUUUAUUAAAAAAAAAAAAAAGUAUAAUGAACCAAAUUAAGGGACAGGUUGUUGUGGGGCAGGCAGUGGGGUUUGAGAGGGAUUGUGGUGCUACAAUAACAACCUCCCUCUCUCUUCCUAGCCCCUUCCUUUCCGAACAGAGGUAGGAAGGGCCAUGGGGCCUUCACCACCCCCACCCCCAAGUUCCAGAUUAAGCUAAGACAUUCAGAUGCCAGAUCCCACAGAGGGUGGGAUUCUAAUUCCAGUUUCCUCCUGGGAUCCAAAGUGUGUUUGUUUCUCCAAAAGAAGAGUGGUUGUCAGAUCUAAGAGCUAGAUAGAUUCUGUCUAGGACGAAAGAGGUUUCUCUACUUGGUGCCUCAAGAAUCUCUCUGCCCAGAUCUUGUGGUUCCUUUUUCUGCUCUAUAAGGGUGUAAGAGGCUCUGCUUCCUCAAAUCCAAGAUAGAGAGGAAGGUGGCUGAUUAUAGGCUCUUUAGUUCUGGUCGGAAUCUGCGGCCUGCCCCCUGCCCCUGGUACCUUGUCCUUCUGCUUCUCUAGAUGCCUCCUGGAUGUCUAGCAGUGGGAGUUGCAGAAUGGGGCGGGAGGGUGCGUGCGUCGGAUUUUGAGGUGGUAGUGUUUCUAGGAACAGAGGACUUGUGAAAUCCUAUCCCCUUAUAGGAAAAAAAUUCACUAAUUUAAAAAAGGGUUUUUUUAAUUAUCCUUCUGGUUGUUUAAUAAAGAUGGUUGCUCUUUUUAA